AUUGAAUUCUUUAUCUUUUAGUUUAUAUGCAAAUACUUAUUGUGGGAUAUGUCGAAACAUAUAUUGCAUGUGGUAAUACUCGUAGCUUUGGUUUUCGUUGAGGAUAUCGCUAACAAAAGAAUUAAAAAAUCAAGAUCUAAUGUAAACUAUAAGAAUCCAGAAGAAAAUGACGACUAUUUUGAAGGUGACAUCAUAUUGCCACAGGAUUCACUGCGAAAUGGCCGAGUUGGAGAAACGUGGAGAUGGGAUCAAGGAAUCAUUCCAUAUCAAAUUGAUGAAAAUAUUACUGUUACACAAAAGGAAAAGAUUCAUCUAGCAAUUGCCACGUUUCAUAAAUACACAUGUGUCACAUUCAGACCUGCUCAGCCUGAUGAUAAGUAUCGUAUCAACAUUAUACACGAAAAAAAGAAGAUCUGUGCUUCUCCCGUAGGAAGGCAACCUGCUGGAUACCAAAACGUCACUCUAGGCGACAAGUGUCGAUUGGGGAACAUUAUACAUGAAUUUAUGCACGUAAUUGGUUUUUGGCAUGAACAAAGCAGAAAAGACAGAGACGACCACAUCAAUAUUAUACUCGAUAAUAUAAAAGAAGGCAACCAAAGGAAUUUUGAGAAAAAAGAUGAUAUUAAUUUUGGCCAAAUGUAUGAUUAUGAAUCCAUUAUGCACUAUCAUUCGAAAGCGUUUACAAAAAACGAUAAUAUUACAAUAAUUCCAAAGGAUACGUCAUUCAAUAAAAAGAUGGGUCAACGAAUAGGAUUGUCGAAGAUAGAUAUAACUAAAAUAAAUCUAAUGUAUCAUUGUCCUGAAAAAACAAAGGCAAUUAGUGACAGUCCUACAAAAUAUUUUGUCGUAACAAGAAAGGAAUACAGAAAAGGUUUAAACCAUACUAACCAAACUAGUUGAAUUAAUUUUGAUAUUAAAGAUUAAUCAGAAAUUUA